GCGGGCGAGCCAGGAGAGACACAGAGAGAGAGAGAGAGAGAGAGAGAGAGAGAGAGAGAGAGAGAGAGAGAGAGAGAGAGAGAGCAAUGUGGGAGGGGCAGGGAAGUGGUGAUGGUCAUGAAGGGUUCGACGAAGAGCCCCUAAUAAUCUUAAAGAAGAGAAGGAAGGAGGUAGAGGAGGGAUGCAAGGGCUACACUCAUCCAGAUGAGGGAGAAGCAGGAUCGUGAUAGAGGGAGGUUGGAAUCCGGGAUCAGAAAGAGGUGCCACACCGCUCAGCAGGAUCAAGAUAGGGGGAGAUCGGGAUCGGGGAAGGUCGGAGGAUCGAGGCCCAGGGAGCAGGAUCGGGAUAGAGGGAGAUCGGGAUCGGGGAAGGCGGGAGCUGAAAGAGGUGCCAGACCGGGGAGCAGGUUCGGGAUAGGGAGAGAUCGGGAUCGGGGAUGGUGGGAGGAUCAAGGCCCGGGGAGCAGGAUCGGGAUAGAGGGACAUCGGGAUCGGGGGAAGUGGAUCGAGGCUGGGGCAGAUCGAGAUGAGCAAGAAGUGGGAUUGCAGCAGAGGGAGGUUGGGAUUGGGGAGACGGGAACAGAAACAGAGGGAGAUCGGGAUCGGGGAAGAAGUGGGAUUGGGAUAGAGGGAGUUCGGGAUCGGGGAAGGCGGGAGGAGAAAAGGUGCCAGACCGGGGAGCAGGAUCGGGAUAGAGGGAGGUCGGGAUCGGGAAAAGCGGGAGCAGAAAGAGGUGGGAAACCAGGGAUCGAGAUAAGAUCAAGGAUGCAAGAGAGGAAAAGGAGACAGGAGGAGGAGGAGGAGGAAUACGAGGAGAAAGAGGGAAGUAGGAGGAGAACAUAACGGCCAAAAAAAAGGAAAAUAAAUGCCCGGGUGCACCACGUGUCACACAAGUGAGAGCAGUAACGAGGAGGACGAAGACGAGGAGAAAGAGAAGGUGCGAGAUGAUGAAGCCGCGAGGAGGAGGUGGAAAAGAAAGAGGAGGAAAAGGAGGAGCAGGUGAUGGGUGGUCAGCGGCGAUCCAUCGAAACAACGGGGAGUGACAUUAAUGCAUUUGAUUGAUUGAUUGACUGAUUGAUUGAUUGGUUAGUUGAUUGAUUGAUUGGCCAAUCGAUUUGAGGUUACAUCCACUUUUCACGUUCUGACUCCUCUCUGCUUUCACUUUGCUUCCUAUUUUCGUUUGUUUCAGCGCGUGCUUUGAUCACAAAGAUCACAUAUCUACAUCCUGGAUGAUUAGCUGCUCACUACCUCUGACCGAGAAUCUUUUCGAAACAUGUUGCACUUUGUUGUUGAACGCAGCAGCAUGCUUCUCAUUACCGGCAAUUUUGUAC